CAGUGAUGCAGAAACAUUAUUAUGACACUAUAAAUAUUCUCACAUUAAAAUUGCUGACACCAGGUGUUCAUAAUAUUCUAUGAGUUACCAUUAAUGAGACGUGACUGCCAAUGUUUACGCUUUAAUAACAAAUGGCAAAAUGCAGAGAUGAGCCAUGAUCACAUGGAUCUAUGAAUUAUCAAUAUCAAUAUCAUGAUGGAAAAUUAAAUAUUCUGAUUAAAAGUUUGAGACAGGCCUGAAAAUGGAAAAUGAAUAUGAAUCUGAUGCCACCCAACCACCAGAUGAUAUAGAAGAAGACAACAGAAUGCUGACUGAUGAAGACUGUUCACAACAGUCCUGUACGACAAGUCAGACGGAAAUGAUGCUUGAUGACCGGUUUGAUCCAGACUUUACUUCUUCCGUGCCGUUGAAACGAUUUUACAGAAAGGUACGAAAGGAAAAAUAUCCAUUUUAUGCUCCUGAGGGAAUUCACUGUUCGGCUUAUACAGCUACCAUAAUAUAUAUGUUGAAACGAUACAGGUAUCAGCUGAUUAAAGCGCAAAAACGUUCAAAAUCAUGUUGCUUACCUUGGGGAAAACCUGUUCUACCAGGUCGCCACCAAUCAAAAACUAUCGAUCUUAAAAAAAGAGGUUGCCAAUCGAUCACUUUUGAUACAUCGGAAGAUGAAAAAGAAGUCUCGUUCAAACAAACGUCAGACAUAUCUGCUAAUAUCAAACUGACAAUAUCAACGGAUAAGGAUAUAAAAUCGAAUCCAGCUAAAGACAGUAUGUACCUAGGUGAAACACAGGAAUAUGAUCCAACAGAUUUACUCGAGGAUCCAGAUUAUGUUGAAAUGGAGUGGAUGCCAAGAGUUAAACCCAAACCAAAGUCAAGGCUAUCAAAUAAAAGAAAAUCAAUCUCGCCCGUUCCAUUUCAAAUCGAAUCCAAAAAUGUGAGUGAUCCAGAGGAUCUCAAAUCCUCCAGUUCGACACCACUACCAUCGCAAAAUCGGGAAGUAAAUAUACACAUCAUAGAUGAUGAGUCCAGAUGUAGUCAAGGGUCCAACGGCUUUUUGAACUCUCAAGGAGAUUUUUAUUCCACUCAGAUACAACAGAGGAGAAACACUGGGAAUAAAUCUGAAAAGAUCCAGAUUAAAAAGAAUAAGCCGGGUCGUAAAUUAACAAAAACAAAACAGGAGACUAUCAAACGUAAAGUUGAUUCAGACAGUGAUGAUGACCAAUUAAUUCAACGUCAUUUCCGAGAAACAACUAAAAAGAAACGCAAGUUACUUCCCCUUGAUUAUUCUUUGCUGACUGAUCAGGAUGUAUUUGUAAGUGACGACACAGACACAAAUAUUAAAACUAAAGGAUCGAAAACAUAUCUAAAAAAAGACAGACAUCCUAAAUCAGAUUCUGUUGGGUUUGACAUAGAUCAGAUUUUAUCCCAAGGAACAUUAACACAUAGCAGUCAAAGUCAAAAUGGAGGGAGUCAAUCGAAACACCAAACAGUAGAUAUUGAUUUUAUUCCUAGUCAGUCAGUUCAUUCUGAAAUUAUUUCUGAUUUAGUUUCUCCUAUCAAAAAUCUUGGUAAAAAAGUAAAGCACACUAUUUUUGAUUCAACCAACAGUAGUUCGAGUGAAAAGGAUUGUAAUAAAAAACCCAAUCAUACAUCAGUGACAAUUCAAAAUGAAAGACGUAGUUUUCGUAAAGUGUUAAAUGAAGAAAUGAUAAAUGAAUCGAAUAAAGAAGGUUUUUCUUCAAGUAAUGAGGACAGUUCGUCUCAACAACCAUUGUUUGAGAAAAUUGAGAGUUUGAGAAAUGAGAGAAUUAAAUCAAAGACAGUUUAUGUCAAACCGAUUGUUACUCAGAAUAAAAAGACUUAUUUUGAGAGUUCUUCCGAUUCUGAUCGACUUGUGAUUGUUGAUCCAGCAGCUGGACCAUCAGGUUCUGUAGACCGUAUUGUUAAUGCUGUCAAACCACAAAGACAAGUAGUACAUGUACACACAGCAGAUAUACAUGAAGAAGCUAGUAACCAGAUUGAAAUGGAAAGUAACAUGAUAGAAUGUCCAUUGUGUAGUAAUAUGUUUGAAAUAAGUCAUAUUGAGAGGCAUGCUGCUACAUGUGGGGAUGAUAUUCAACAAGUUAUUCAAGCACCACCAAGACUAGAAGAAUUAGAAGUUGAGAUACCAGUUAGAAAAACCAGGUCGAAAGCAACACAAAAUAGUUAACAUUUCCUUGGCACAAGUAUAAUUAUUUAUAACAAUAAUUAAUUCAAUUGUAUAGAUUGAAACUGAAUCAAAUUUUGUUAACAUCCAAGUUUUCUUUCGGAUAAGUGGAUGUUUAUACAUUUGUUGACAUAUAGCUGCUGUGUGAAGUAUUUCCAAUCCAUCAUUUGUUUCUCAGUUAAAUUAGUUUAAAUUUGGUUCACAGUCAGUAGGUUAUGUGUAUAUUAGCAUACAUGUAUAUUAGGCCAUAUAAAAAAAUAUUCUGAUUCUGGUUGUCAGAUAAUCCUGUGCGUCACAUGUUUUUAAUUCAAAGAAUAAAAUAUAAAAACCGUCACAUUUAUUGCCACACAUAAAUUUUUUGACCUGACCGUGUUACAGGAAGUAACUCUAUAAAAAUAUUGGAAUGAAUCAAGAAAUGUUGUAUUGGCUCAUUCAUCAAGUAUGCAACCCUGAUAUAUGUUACUGAUAAUCAUAAAUUAUACUGGAAUGAACUCGAUAAGUAUAGAGUUCUGUCAUUAAUCUGUUAAUUUCAAAAUGAUCUCGCUCCCUUUUAUUUGUCUAAACUUUUGACAAACUAUAAACCUAAACAUACUGUAAGAUCGCAAAACAAAAAAAUACUUUUACUGUUCCUAAAACGAAACUAAAACAAUUUGGUGAUAAAAAGUUUCAGUGCUGCUGCACCUCGUCUUUGGAAUCAAUUACCAGUAAACAUUAGAGAAUCUCAAACUUUCACAAUCUUUAAGUCACAACUAAAAACUCAUUUGUUUAAACUCUAUUAUCCAGAUUAGAAUCAGAUUGUUUUAUGUGUGUUCUUAUUGACUAGAGACUCCUUAAAUGUGGCGCUUUGAACAUGCAUAUAGGGAUGUAUUAUUAAGCACAUUACAAAUAUACAUUAUUACAUGUAUCAUUAAAUGUAAGUUUAUUUUUAUGAGAGUUAUUCAGACCAGUAGGGCAGUGGUGAUCCUUUGACAAAAUAAAAACAGAAAACUAUAAACCUCACUACAGCAUCAGAUUUCUGGUAAGGAUUGUUUGAGAACCAGAAUAGUUCUGUUGUAUGGCCUAAAUAAAACUCCUGUUAAAUUUAACUUUGUGAUAUAAUAUAUACUGGAAGUCAUGCUAGCUGUCUUAGUGGAUAAAAACACUUUUGAAUUGUAUUAAAUUAGGUUCUUUUAAGACUGGCCUUCCAGUCUAGGUUUAAUAUUAGCCAGGUACGUUUUUGUGUGAAUUUACAACAAAACCAAAUUAACAUGAAAUAUUAAUAAUUAUUAAUAUUAAUAAAGCCAAGGAUUUGACAUUAUUUCAGAAUUUAAGCAUUUAUAAAUGUUUUUAUCUAUUAAUUUACUGUUAUAUAAAACUAUUGUCAAGCAUUCUGAUUGUUUGUUAUUUAUAUUUCUCUUGUAAUUUAAAGGUUGUAUAUUAUUUGACAACUUCUAUUUAUUAUGUUAUAUAGAGUGGGGUUGGGGGUCCAUAAAACAGUACAUGUACUAGAUAUAUAGAAGUAGACUCUAGCAGGCAUACCAUAGGUUGGAAAUCUCAUGGAUACUAAUGAUCAGACACAUUCAUUAAAUUUUCUGUUUGAAUUUAACUCUCCUGUCGAACGUAAAAUACACAGACAAGAUUCUAUGGAAUACAAUUACCUGCUCUGAAAAUAAUUUUUUGAUUGUCAAAUUUGAUGUUAAAUAACAUGUAAUGUCUUUGUCGCGAUCAGAGAGGCGACCAAUAUUAUUUGACUUUUUUGGAUCGGGACUAUGACCAAAUGUAGUUCUGAAGGACAAUUAUAUUCUAAAAAUUAAUUCUAAACAUCACACAGAUAUGUUGUCUUUCUAUCAUCCUUUAAAGAUGUAUUAAGCAAGAGUUAAAUCUGCUCUUUUUUAGCUUUUAAGACAUUUAAUCACAUGACAAGCUCAUAAUCAACCCUCUAGAUCAUCAGAUGACUGAGAUAUUGAAUGGAUUAGACCAUGUCUGUCAUAUCUUCGCUAAACAAUAAAAUGGAAAUUGAGUGUUUAUUAUUGUAGCAAUGGUACUUGACCAUCAGUACUAUUUACACUAUUUUAAGUCAAAACUUCAAACAUUCAUAACUUUGCUCAGUAUACAGUAAUUAGAUUGAAAUAUUCAAUAUUCAUUAUCUAUUAUAGAAAGAACGGCCAACUUUUUAUCUAUAUCUUACUUUAUGCAUCCGUAAAAUAAUAUCAAGUGUCAAAAUCUUACUAUUGUUCCUAAUACUGCUAUCUGUGUAUAGACCUUUGAUUUUCAUAAAUUAAUUAGUUAUCUGCCAAUCUGAUUAAAAUACAGAUCUAUAUUUGUUUUUUUUAUACUUUCGAUGGCCUACACUACAUGAAGAUCUGACCGAUUGUAGUCAAACGUCGCGUCAGAGGUUGUAUGAACAGCUUUUGACCCUACGACAUCAGACAAGAAUGCGCUGUAACAGAUGGUUUCAUUGGCUAAUCUUUCACACAAUUCAGAACGCAGGUUAUAUAACAACUCUUCCAGAUCCUAGUGUAGUAUAGAAAAAACAAAAUUUUUAGCUAUAAAAAACGAAAUGAAAUAGGAUCCGUGUUUUAAUCAGUUGAUUAUCUGCUUGAAUGAAGGAUAUUUCUAUGCAUGUUGGAUAAUAUGGAGUAUACAAUUCACCUUGUUAAUAUUUUGUUGACAAAUAAAAAAUAUGACAAA